GGACUCGCCGGCCCGAGGCGCCGUGGGGUGGCUGCGCGCAGGCGCACUGCGCGGCGGGCGCGCGGUCUGGCCGGCUACGCGCAGGCGCGCUCUGCUCGGCUGGCUCCGGCUGGGGCGGCCCGGAGUCUUCGGCUCGCUCUGUCAGUGCUUGCAGCCCCGCGGCAGCGGCGGCGGCGGUGGCGGCGGCGGCGGCGGCGGCAGCUCCACCAUGUUUCUUCACUCGGUCAACCUCUGGAACCUGGCGUUUUAUGUCUUCAUGGUCUUUAUGGCGACCCUGGGGCUGUGGGAUGUCUUCUUCGGCUUCGAGGAGAACAAAUGCAGUAUGAGCUACAUGUUUGAGUACCCCGAGUAUCAGAAAAUAGAACUUCCUAAGAAAUUGGCAAAACGGUAUCCAGCAUAUGAAUUAUAUCUUUAUGGAGAAGGAUCUUAUGCUGAAGAACACAAAAUUCUCCCCUUGACAGGAAUUCCAGUUCUUUUUCUUCCUGGUAAUGCUGGAAGUUAUAAGCAAGUUCGUUCUAUUGGCUCUAUUGCACUUAGAAAAGCAGAAGACAUUGACUUUAAGUACCACUUUGACUUCUUUAGUGUGAAUUUCAAUGAAGAACUGGUGGCAUUGUAUGGGGGAAGUCUUCAGAAGCAGACCAAGUUUGUGCAUGAAUGUAUUAAAACAAUUCUCAAACUUUACAAGGGUCAAGAAUUUGCUCCGAAAAGUGUGGCAAUAAUUGGUCAUUCCAUGGGUGGCCUUGUUGCAAGAGCAUUACUUACACUGAAAAAUUUUAAACAAGAUCUGAUAAAUCUUCUUAUUACACAAGCCACACCUCAUGUUGCCCCUGUGAUGCCAUUAGAUCGUUUCAUUACAGAUUUUUAUAUGACUGUAAACAACUAUUGGAUUCUAAAUGCUCGACACAUAAACUUGACCACACUUUCUGUAGCUGGAGGAUUCCGGGAUUACCAAGUUCGUUCAGGGCUGACUUUUCUACCAAAAUUAAGCCAUCAUACCAGUGCCUUAUCUGUUGUGAGUUCAGCAGUGCCUAAGACCUGGGUCUCAACAGACCAUCUCUCUAUUGUGUGGUGUAAACAAUUGCAGUUGACUACAAUUCGAGCCUUCUUUGAUCUUAUUGAUGCUGAUACUAAACAAAUUACUCAAAAUUCUAAGAAGAAAUUGUCAGUUUUGAAUCACCACUUUAUAAGACAUCCUGCAAAACAUUUUGAGGAAAAUCCAUCAAUAAUUUCUGAUUUAACAGGAACAUCCAUGUGGGUUCCAGUAAAAGUGUCCAGAUGGACCUAUGUGGCUUACAAUGAAUCUGAUAAGAUCUAUUUUACAUUUCCUCUUGCAAAUCACAGAAAAAUUUACACUCAUGUCUACUGUCAGAGCACCAUGCUGGAUACAAAUAGUUGGAUUUUUGGCUGCAUAAACAGCACUUCUAUGUGCCGGCAAGGAGUUGAUUUAUCAUGGAAAGCUGAACUUCUGCCAACAAUUAAGUCUCUGACAUUAAGACUUCAAGACUAUCCAUCUUUGUCUCAUCUUGUUGUUUAUGUACCAUCUAUUCAUGGAAGUAAGUUUGUUGUAGAUUGUGAGUUCUUUAAAAAGGAGACAAGAUCCAUACAGCUUCCUGUAACUCAUCUUUUUUCCUUUGGAUUAUCUUCAAGGAAAGUGGUUUUAAAUACAAGUGGCCUAUACUAUAAUAUAGAGCUUCUGAACUUUGGACAGAUAUACCAAGCUUUUAAAAUCAACGUGAUAAGCAAGUGCUCAGGAGUCAAAGAAGAAAUAACUAGUAUCUAUAAACUUCAUAUUCCCUGGUCUUAUGAAGAUUCACUAACCAUUGCACAGGUCCCAUCUAACACAGAAAUUUCUCUGAAACUUCAUAUUGCUCAACCAGAAAAUGACAGCCAUGUGGCACUAUUAAAAAUGUACACAUCUUCAGAUUGUCAGUAUGAGGUGACCGUUAAGACAUCCUUUUCACAAAUACUUGGACAGGUAGUUAGAUUUCAUGGUGGAGCUCUUCCUGCUUACGUUAUAUCUAGUAUCCUUCUUGCUUAUGGAGGACAGUUAUACUCUCUUUUCUCAACAGGUUAUUGCUUAGAAUAUGCUACCAUAUUGGAUAAAGAAGCCAAACCAUACAAAGUUGAUCCCUUUGUAAUUAUGAUUAAGUUUCUUUUGGGGUAUAAAUGGUUUAAGGAAUUAUGGGACUUAUUAUUAUUACCAGAAUUAGAUGCCAUUGUUCUAACUAGUCAGAGUAUGUGUUUCCCCCUUGUAUCUUUGAUUCUCUUUCUAUUUGGAACAUGUACUGCCUACUGGAGUGGCCUACUGUCUUCUGCAUCUGUGAGACUCCUUUCCUCAUUAUGGCUAACUUUGAAAAGACCCUCUGAACUUCCUAAAGAUAUCAAGAUGAUAUCACCAGACUUGCCUUUUUUGACAGUUGUUUUGAUCAUAGUUAGUUGGACAACUUGUGGAGCUCUUGCCAUACUUCUUUCUUAUCUUUACUAUGUAUUUAAGAUUGUUCAUCUGCAAGCCAGCCUAACAACUUUUAAAAAUAGCCAGCCCGUGAAUCCCAAACACUCUAGAAGAAGUGAAAAAAAAUCCAAUCACCAUAAAGACUCUGCAGUACACCAUCUUCGUUUAUCUGCUAGUGACGCUGAAGACAGUCUUCGAAUGCACAGUACUGUGAUUAACUUAUUAACAUGGAUUGUAUUACUCAGCAUGCCAUCUUUAAUUUAUUGGUUAAAGAAUCUUAGGUAUUAUUUUAAACUUAAUCCUGAUCCAUGCAAACCUUUGGCAUUUAUCCUUAUUCCAACUAUGGCAAUUCUUGGAAAUACUUACACAGUUUCAGUAAAAUCAAGUAAAUUGUUGAAGACUGCCUCACAAUUUCCACUUCCUUUGGCUGUUGGUGUGAUUGCUUUUGGAUCAGCACACUUAUACAGGGUUCCAUGCUUUGUCUUCAUUCCUCUCUUACUCCAUGCAUUAUGCAACUUUAUGUAAGAUUGGACUUAACGUGAUGAUAAAAAUGAUUUAUGCCUUUGAGGCCAGUAGUAAGAGUGAACACACAGAUCCACCAACAUGGGCAGCAAGAUCUUUGGAGAAGACAAAUCUAUUUUUACAGUAUUGAAAAUAGGAAAUUAGUUUUGUAAUGCUUGAGGAAAAUAGAUGAAGCAUGGUUUUGUUUUGUGCUGUGGCAUCUGGGUAUUAGUCAUUUUUGAAAAAAAUUAGUGAAGGGAUAUGAUGGCCACUGUCUUUGAGGACUCCCAUGCAUAUCACCUAAUCUACUUCAUCAGCCAUACCAAGGAUCUUUUUCUAGAGACUCAGUAGAUGCAACGUUGUUUGUAGUCUCACGUCAGACAUUCUACUUGUUUCAUCAAACUUUCUUCUGAAAAAUGGAUUGUUUUAUAUUUGCUAUCUAUAGUUUAUGUAUUGAAAAAUAAGUCCUAAAAAAUUGAUAAAAAAAAGAAAAGAUGGACAAAAUUCAUUCUGUUUGGCUUCUCAGAAGUUAAAUUACCACAAAGAGUCUUUGACUCGUUUUUGGCAGCUGUGGUAAAUAGAAUAGGCCUUUUGUCUUCUUCCAUCUAUGGAAAUAGAGCUUUGAAUUAUAAGGAGAUCUGCUUUUUGGUAACCAGAGCAAGACUGAUGAUGAGAACAUGAGUCAGAUUCAAAACAAUGAAAUAUUCCUGUUAUUUUCAGAUAUGAAUCUUAUCAUAUAUUCUUGAUGAAUAUCAGCAGACCUUUUAAGAAAUCGGUUGUUAAAGAAUAUUCUCACAGAUAUUGGGAUUGCAGUAGUUUGUUUAUUUGGUUUAUACCAUUUGAUUAAUUCAUUACUCCAUGAUUGCCAAAAGGUUUUCAGGCUAUGAUAGCUUGUUAAAAGACAACUCUAGCAGUCAGAAACAACUCUAGGUUUGCACCAAUUUUGUCCACUGUGAAAAAAAAAUCAACAUGAUCAAGUAUAGUAUCACAACAGAUGCAUGAAAUUAUACUGCUAAUGGGAUAACAGUAAACAAGUGUUAUCACUUUAGUAGCAUAAAUAUAAACAAUACACCUCGAUAGAUAUGGGAUGUUAGCCAAUAGGUUUAACAGUGGAAUCUUGAUUUGCCCAUGUGACUUCUAGGAUUGCUGUUUGACAGAUGAGAGAGUAACAUUUCUAUUUCAUUUCAAAUUUUGGUUCAAAGAGUUUGAAGAAGGUAAUGGAGCAUGGUAGAAGAGGAUAGUACUCUUUGCUUCACAUAGAAUAAACUCAGGCUGAAGUGUACCUGGCUCAUAGAGCCCUUCAUUUACAUGUGUGUACUAAAAACACCCCAGACCUCUUAAGUAAUGUCCUUAAGUUUUGGUGAUUCCACAGUUGCAUAUGUGAAAUUUUGUCCUUGUUAGUACCCUGGGACAACCUAGAAAAUCAGUUUUGUUUCAUCUGCCAUUGUAUCUGAACUCCAUUGCAACCUCUCAGCUGUUAACUCUAUAGAGGGUACCUCCCACUUUAAUAACUGUGGGGCAUUAACUCAUUUUCCUUCUUAAUUCCUCCUCAGGUCCUUGUAUUUUAGCAUUAGUUAGAAAGGGUCUAACUCUUUCCUCUGAGGGUUGUAAGUUUGCAUGAUUCCAUUGUUGUCAUUUUCAGUUUCAUGCUUAUUGUUCAGUAUUGACAUUAUCACUUACCAAGAACAUUGAAGGGUGUGAUAACCUCAUAGUAAACUUAGAGACAUACCAGGCUUUUGUUUGUUUGAGAGAAGUAGCAAAAAUACUAAACCAUAAAAUUCUUGAAUGUUCAAUACCUGAGAGGAAAGAGAUUUUUAUUAGAUUAUACACUUGUUUCUGUGGCAUACCACAUAUAUAUUUAAAUAGGAACACAUCUACCUAUCUUUGGCUGUACAUAUAAAACAACUUUUAUGCUCAUAUCUUUUGUUACUUUUACUAUAGUUGUAUCCCAAGUUAUAGGUUAAAUGUGUCAUUUUCUGAGUUUGAACUUAGAUCUAUAUACAGAAAGAACAUUAGGAAAUUUAUUAAUUUGGAUCUUCUGUUGACAGCCAUGAUCAUUAUGUUUAUGAGAACUAAAGUCCUUGUUUAGUCAGUACUGCUCAAGGAUAAAAUCUUACAAGCUUGAAUUUCUCACUUGGGAGCAGUACAUUUGCUUUUUAAAGCAGCAAACUAGGAACACUAAUUCUCCCUAAUGUAUUUUUUGUGGGAGUGUACUUAUCAUAAGUUCUAAAGACUUAAGCCAAUAAAAUAUUUCAUUUUAAGGACUACAAAAUUAAUUAAACAUUUUAUAAACAGUAGUAGGUUAGGUUAUUGGCCAUUAUGUUUGUAUGUAUACAAAGAUACAUAUAUAUAUAUAUAUACACAUUUUUGACAGGGUCUUCAUCAAGCACUUUAAUUGCAGGUAGCUACCAGAGGUGAGAGGUAGGUUCCAUAUGAGGAUUAGCAAAAUUGAUAUUUCUAUCACUUAAGAAAACUCCUUUGCCUUUAAAUCACACACUGUGGGAAUCAUGCUUACAAUCUUUAUUAUUAUCUGGUAAAACAGCGCAGACCUAUUAGCAGUGUUACUAAAAAAGAAAUUGUUUAUUGGCAGCUAGAGAUAAUCUAGUUCUGCAAAUUUCUGUGUUCUGCUCUUAAGUCAUUUUUUUAUUUAGAAAUUAUUGAGUUUUGAGGAAACAUUUUUGCUUAUAAAAUAGUUCCUAGACACUGUUGUUGAUACUAGAUCAGAUAUAGACUGGACAGGGAAAAACACUGAAUACUUUCAGUGUUUCUGACACCUCCCCUGGAGUUAUUGCUGUUAUAAUCUAGAAUCGAUAAUAUGAUAGAAAUCCCUAACAUGGUGUGUGGUAGUGGGGGUGGUCCCUGGGGAUCCAACCCAGGCCCUCUCACAAACUAAGCACACACUCUACCACUGAGCUAUUCCAUCAGCACCUGUUAACUUUAUUUCUGGAUCAUUCUCAUACCAGAGUUAAAUUAGGUUCUUAUUUUCUUAGUUUUCACCAGAAUUAAAAUAUUUAAGGCAGUGGUUCUUAACUCAUUAACAUUGAUUUUAAAUCCCUUUCAUGUAUAUUAAUAAUAUAUUGAUUAAUCUAUUAAUUUUUAAAUAUUUUAGUCAGAUAAAUUCAGAUGCAUAUAAUGGAAUGCCUUUUCUUGGUUGAAAUAACUUUACUAAUAUCAACAUGAUAAUUUAGUAAAGAAAAAUAAAUGUUACUGAUUAUCUUAUCACUCAUAUAGAUACACUACUUGUACAAAGCAGAAUUUUUUUUCAUUUUCUAGUUCCUAUAGCUUCCUUAACUCUACAGCCUUCUCAUUUAUAGCAUAAUGUGUUCAUUUAGCCUGGCUGCUUAUUAGCACUUUUAAAGAAGGUGGUCAAGGAAAAUAAAAGGAAGUAAAACUCACCUUUCAAUGUAACUUUUUAAAGCUCUGGGAAAAUUAGGGAAACAUAAAUAUAAGGUAAACUAGAUCUGAUUCCUGAGUCUCCAGAUAAAUCAGUUGACAUAAUUUCAUCUUAGAUUAGUUCUAAAUAAGUGUAAUGUCUUGCAUUACUAUGUAGUUAAAUAUAAAACCUUAGAGUGUUGCAUUUGAAGUUUUAGGAACUGUUUAUUAAAAUCAUUUGGGGAAGAUCCAAAAAUGUGUUAGGACUUUCUAUGACUGGGCAUUUUUUGGUUAUUUUUCAUCAUCACUUUGUGUUUUCUCAGUGUUGUAGGAUUUUUGAAUUUGUAUACCAUAGGAAACAAGAUACCUUGUGAAAUUUAUUAAGGGGGAAAAAUCAAUUGGGAGAGUAUGCCACGCACUUAUCAGACUAAAGGGAGCAAUAAAAUUAUCUUUGUUUCAGGAAAUUAGACCCUGCCAGGAAAACUUUCUUAGCAAAUAAAUGUAAAUGCAGAAGAUACUUUUACAAAAUUAUAAAAUUAUUUGAAAGCUGAAAUUUUAUCCCAGUCUUUUUGAACUAAGAACAUUUCAAAUUCUGAAGUUUAUUUAUACACAUUACUCAUUCUUUCACAAUAAGUUUUAGUGACUUGAGAAAAUAAGUCUUUGCUUUUCAUAAGGAUAAUAGAAAAGUUGAGUCAGUGAUCCAAGUCCAAAUAUGUGUACUGUGAUUGCUCAAUAAUUCACAGUUUUAAAUGUUAUAUUAUGAAUAGAGAAUACUGAAUUUUGUAUAUUAGUAACUUAAUUUCAAAAACAGAACAAACUUUGGAAAUAGAAUAAACAAGCUGUUAUUGCAUUAAUAAUAUGAAUGUGACAGUACAUCUAAAUUGAUAAUAGGUUGUGCAAAAGUUAAGUGAUAUUCUAAGAUCCUGAUUAAAUUGUCUUAGGUUAAUGCUUUUGAAAUCAAGUACAGUACUUUCUGAAAGUGUUAUGCUGCUCAAAAUGUAAGUUUUUAGAUACCAGGAAACCAGUUAAUUUCUGAGGAUUUUGCAUAAGAGUCAGAAUCAAUCUAUAAAUAUUCUGUACAUUGUAACCUUCAACAUUUAUGAAAAACUGUAUCUGUUGGUAUAUUUUAAUUAGUAUAAGUUUGUUUGCAUAUUCAAAUUCUAAUCUUAGUUUAGGGAAUCUAAAAGUAGCCGUUUUGUAAAAUUCAUAUGCUAUUUUUUAAUGUUAUUUUGACUUUUAGUAUUUAUAUAGUAGUAAUGUUAGGAGUAAAAAAGUUUAUAGACAAAGUAUAGCUACUAACUGUUCAAAAGCCUAAAUGGUAGGCAUAUUUUGUAUUUCAUGUUGUACUUGUUCUGUUUCAUAUUAAACUUUUUACAUCCCUUUUUUAAGAAGAAAACACAUUUGAAUUCUUAUUAGCAUCAAAGCUCUGUAUUGGAAACUUGAUAACUGUAUUCAUCUGGUAAACAUAAUUUACCACCAAAGCUAAAUGAAUUGUAAAAUACCUCUGGAUAUUUGUGCCAAUGAAACUUUCUUAAUGUAUUGGGAUUAAAGCAAAAAUAAUCUUUUCAGUAUUUUUCAUUUAGGACUUAUAAUAAAUGUGUAUAUCAUGGAAAUUCCAUAUUCUAAUUUCUUUGAAAAUAUUCAACUAUGGUAUAAUUUGUUUAUUUUAUAUGAUUUUUUUAAUGUUUUCUGAUUUUAUUUGGUAAAAAUAAGUUCAUCCAAUACUGACCUUUACCAUUGAAGUAAUCAUUUGAAAUAAUUUUGCUUCUGAUUAAUUUUGUGAUAUAAAACUUUUUUUUUUGUACAGAUACAGGUGUCUUAUUUAUGUUAAUUGAAGUUUGCAAUUUCUUUUGUUUUCUGUGUGUUUCCACUCAUUCCCUUUUAUGGCCACAUGGGGAAAUUAUCCUCUAGACCCUAGCAUAGUAUAAUGAAAUAAACUUUUUAAAAUGUGAAUCUUAAAGGAAAAUAUUAUAAAACAAUCAAGAUGUUAAUGCUAAAGGUUACAUUAAUAUGGUGGUGCUUGUGAGAGAAAAGUAGAAAUAUGAUAGACUCAGAAAUUGCUGUUUAUCUGCUUGCAGUGCUUCAAUUUCUCCCCAUAUAAACUUUAGGGAAGUUUCAGACCUUCAUAGUUUUUCUCAUUAUUUAAUCAUGUUUCUCUGCCCAGUAAUGUCGAUACAGUUUGUAUAAAUACUGUUGGAAGUAGAGGUAGCACAGAAAAGCAAAUUUUGAAAUAUUUGGCCUUGAUUUAAUGACAGUUUAUCCAGUUAUCUAAAGGGGACUGUGGGUGAUAUUCGUGAAAAGAAAUGUACAAGAUCUGAAUUUUCUGUAUACUGUCCUUUGGAAUGAGUUUGUCCUCUGAACAAUUUAUCCCAAAUAGGAGAUGUCUGUAUUUUAACAUAAUCAUGCUUUCUACAUUGUCAAAUAGGUAUUUGAUGUAAUACUGAUAGAAAUAACCUUGUGCUCCUCUGUUGUGGGGGUGGGAGGAAAUCCAAUUUUUAGUGUAUAUAUAUUAGGAAAUUGUGUUAUGCAUUUACAUUUUUAAAAACAUAAAAAUGACUUAAAUAUGUUAUUUUGAAGUGAUUGUAUUAGUUUCUUAAACUUAACACUAACUAUAAAUGUAGCAACAUACCCAUGAGAAACCAGACCAAAAUUAAAUAUAUAUCACUGUGACCUUGAACUUGUAGUCAUUUGGGGUUAAAAAAAGACUGUGCCUUAAAAUGAUAAAGAAAUGCCCUGCAAUUUUAUACCUGUAUAUUUUAUUGUGGGUGGCCUUUUCUAACUGGUCUGAGAUCCUUUUCUUUGAAGUUGACGAUAAUAAAAUUUUAAAAGUUGACUAGUACUUCACUUAAUAUUUGCAGAACUGUUGUUCUCGAGACCUCCCUUAAUUUCCAGAGUUCUUGUUUUCAAAUUAAGAUUGACUUAGGCCACGUAGAUGUAGAAAAUUAAGUUUGGCUAAAGUUUUUGUGGAAAAAAAAUAUUAUUUUAGGAGAAGGUCAUGGCACCUAUGAACAUAUUGUGCAUGGAAAAACAAAUCUUCAAAAUUUAAUUUUUUAUCAUAUUAAUGAAUAAUAUAACAAAGAAGUGAACUCUUUCCUAAGACCUAUGUUCAUUUUCUUCAGAUUGUUGGUUUCUAUUUGUAUGUUUCAAAUAAGGUUUAUGUACCCAAUAAUGACUUUUAGCAGCUAAGCUCAGAUUCAUGUAGUAUAUCUUUUAACGUUUUUCUCUUUUUUCUUUUUUCCUUCCUGAUUACUUUUAAGAUACCAAGACAAAACUGGCUUCAGUUUUUGUUUGCUUGUUUUAUUAAUAUAUAGUUUUGUAUCUUUACUGUGCUUAUUUAAAAUAAUGGGCACAAUUUCUAUUAAAAUUCAAAUUAUUCCAUUUACAAGACAAUCAUGUUCUCUACCAAAAGAUGCCCACGUUUCUGUGUUCUCAGAGUUUGUGUUUUAUUUUUCAGUUUCAGGUUUGAACAUAAACUCAAAACAUUUGUUUCUUCCUAUUUUACCUCCACUAUCAUCCCCCAAAGACAAGAAAGUAGGUUUCUCUAAACCAUAUAGAAAGAUGACAUGUCUUUCCUUAAAGCCUGGUCAAAUUGACAAGAAAGUAAUUUGGGCAAGGGUAUGUAGUAAAAUAAGUGGCUUUCAACCUGCAUCAAUUUUUUUAAAUCAGUUAAAAAUUUUACAGAGGACAAACUAUGUUGUUCUGAGAUAGACUCAGUAAGAAAUCAUUUAUUAGCGUAUUAAUUCUGUUCUUAUCCAGAAAGUACAGUGCAUAAUAACAGUACUUAACAGUGCAAAGGAACUUGUCCUGUAGUAUAUAUUGAAAACUUGUCACCUUGCAGAUCUUUCCAUUUAAACAUGCAUGAUCUUCUCCAGUACUUUGUACAAUGUAUGGUGUACUAAAUACACUUAUGUGUAAUUUCGUGUGUAUUUUUGGUAUGGUGUAAUUAACAUUGUUACAUUUAACUGGUUGUAAUUCAGGAAAAGUGCUACUUAUUGUACUUCAUAGAGUGUUGUGAAUUUUUUUUCCUAUGUUUCCACAUUAUGGUGUAAGUUUAAUAGAUGAAUAUUUGCCUUCAGUCUCUGCUCAGGUAUUAAUGUGUAGCAAUUUUGGUGCUUUCUUUUUAAUGUCAUAAUCUGGUGUUCUGAAUGUUCAAAAAUAAAUUUGGUGAA